AUGUAUCUUGCACUAGGAAAACCCUACAUUUACCUCUAUUUUAUAAUCGCAUGGGCUACAGGUAUCAAUCAGUCGUUGUCAGUUUCCCUGCUUGCCACAAAUCGUCUUUCCGCAAUUCUUUUUCCUGGACAAUUCAAUAAGGUAACGAAGCUUUGCGUCAAAUCCGAUGAUCUUAUGUGGUACGGUAGUCGAUUGAAGCUUGCAAUUGUCAUUCAAGUGGUUCCUGGUUUUACAAUUGCUCUACUUAAUCUUACCAAUGAAGUCCAAUUCACUGAUAAUCCUACAGGAGGAAUGGUGCCAGAGAUUCUUGACAAAAGAGUUACAAGCAUUUAUUUCCUCUGUGGUGGUCUUUUUUUGCUCGCCAAUAGCAUCUAUCUCAUUUCGGCAUAUUGCUUUCUAUUUUACAGUAUUCAUAAAAGGCAUAAAGCUCAGGCAGGGUCACAUAUCCAAGCUCGCGUGGAUCGUGCAAAAGACCAAUCGAAAAAGAGGGAGCAUAAACUGUUUCUUAUGGCAUCGUCAAUUGGUUCGAGCUUUUUAUUAUUUUAGAA